AUGGGCAAAAAAAUGAAGGUCGAGCACAACAUCCGCGACACAUCCCACCACGCCGCACAGUCCAAAAAGGGCAAACCAGCAAAGCAACAAAAGGCCAAGCCAAAGGCUCAACCCGAAUCCUCAUCAUCUUCUUCUGCUGCCGCAGCAGACAACACCUCCGCAGAUAUCCUCCCCCUAACCCACCAACAACGCCUCCUCUCCUCCUUCGCCUCCGCUUUCCAACCCGUCCUCGCGUCCCCGGCCUUUGCAACGAUCCUGCAAGAAGUCAAAGCCGCGCUCUACGCCCGCGACUUUGACGCGGCAUUCACUUCGGCCAAGGCGGAGAGCUUGGAUGCGUAUGCUGCGAGGUGGAGUCCCACCCGCUCUCUUGCGUACGCUGUUGUUCUGUUGGGUAUCGCGGAGCACCUCGAGGGGUUGGAGGUUCAGGUCAAGAAGGCUGAAGAUGAGGCUGGAGCUCAACCCGUAGCUGAAGUAGCCGAGGGUCUCGGAAAGUUGAUCGUCGAGGACAAGACGGGUGAUGCUCCCCGGGAUGUGAACUCCUACUCCUCCACCGACGAUCAGGAUGCCGUCUCUCCUACUCCUGCUCCUCCCGCAGCGGAGGACGAUGCCGUCACCCCUCCACCCACCUCGGAACCAUCCGAGACUACCACCACCCCCAAGACGACGCAAAUCAAAAAGGAAAUCAAGAUCCUCUCCAUUGGCGGCGGCGCCGCAGAAUUAGCAGCCUUAGCAGCCUACCUCUCCCAACAACCACCCUACCUAAAAGGCACAAUCACCCUCCUCGAUGCCGCCCCCUGGAGCCCCGUCGUCUCCAAACUCCACGCCGCACUCACAGUCCCGCCCCCCGUCUCGCGGUACGCAAACGAAGCCCAAGCCACCGCCGCAGCCCUCGUCGAGCCAGCGGCGCGCCUAUCCUCGUCCUUUGCACAGCUCGACGCCCUCGCAAUGACACGGGAAGAACUUUCACGCACGCUGGGCCUUGUAGAUCCAGUACUCGUCACAUUACUAUUUACCCUCAACGAGCUCUACACCGCCGCCGGCAUCGGCAAGACCACCGCCUUCCUCCUCAACUUGACCGCCACCGUGCCCCUCGGCUCCCUUCUCCUCGUCGUCGACAGCCCCGGGAGCUACUCCGAGGCUGCGGUGGGCAAGGAGUCCAAAAAGUACCCCAUGCAGUGGCUCAUGGACCACACCCUCGUCAACAAGCCCGAAAAGGACAGCGUGUUCCCGGGGUGCCGAUGGGAAAAGGUCGAGUCCAACGACUCUGUCUGGUUCCGUCUCGCCGAUUCUCUGAAUUACCCAAUCUCUCUGGAAAAUAUGCGCUACCAAAUGCACCUGUAUCGCGCAACGAAACCUUAA